UUAAGCUAAAUCAAGCAAUUAAAUAAAUUAUCAAAGAAUCUAUAUAAAUCAAUAAUUAAAUCAACUAUCAAACUUCUUUAUAUUUUUAUAAUCUCCUUCUAAGUGAGUGAAAUAUUAAUUAUGAAAAUAAAGACUAAACUAAAAGAAUUAGAUUUUUCUCAAAUAGCUUUAAACAGCAAUAGAAACUCGCCUUCUCAAAAAUCUCCUAGCUCAGCUAGCAAGAGGAAGACUAUAUUUCAUAAAUAGGGAGUCACACUUAAGAAAAGCUAAUAAAACAAUACACCAUAUUAAGGAGUUAUUUCUCAUAAAAAUAGAUAUUAAAGUUUAGAAAAAGUAUAAAAAUUAGAGUAAUCGCCUAAAUUGAGAUAAAUUAAUAGGGAUUAAUAGACAACAAUAUUCGAUGGAUAUACAGUAAAAACUCUUGAAGAAAAUUAAACUUCGUUAAAUAACACAUUUUUCAGUACUAAAGCGAGAUUAAAAUCUUCAUAAUUAAGGACAGCUACAUAAAGUUCAAAUACAAAUAACAGUAAUACUACUGCAUCAAAUGACUCGCCUAUAUAAAAUAAAAAAUAACCAUUCCUACAGUAAUUAACUUAAAAAUAUGGCAGUAGCACAAAAACAACUUCUCUGUAAGAUUAUGUCGAUUCAUUUGAAAAUAGUCCUACUAGAUAUAGGCUAUAUUCCUCUAUACAAUAAGAUAAAAGCAUAAGAAAUUUACAUACAUCUAUAGAUUUUCUUCCUUCUAAAACACCUUUAAAUUAGUCAACUUCACUUACAAGAAAUGAGCAAAGAUUAGAUCAAUAUAAAUUACCCUAUUUAGAUGUGGAUAAACGUAAAGAAAAUAGGAUUCAAAGUACGAGUUUGACAUCUAGAAAUAGCUCUUCAAAAAGAUUCAAUUUAAAAAAGACUUUUCUCAUUCAGUCUUCCUACUAAGCUCAUAUGAAUAGCUCAAAAUAAAUAACAUCCCCUCAUUCUUUAAACACAACUUCAAACACUUCUUUGCACCGAAAAAGUUUAUAAAGUAGCUUCUUUUUAGGAGGAAAAGACACUGGAAGAUAGAGCAUAUUAGAUAUGGCAGAAGAAGAAUUGUAGCAAGAUAAAUUUUAUUAAUUUCUGGGAUAAAUUAUUUUAAGUGAGAGCGAGUUCAAUAUUUAUUUAGACAGUUUUAAAAACAAUACAACGGUUUUUUCAUUAAAGCACUUUUUAGACACUUUUUCUAAGCAAGAGAGAAGAUUUAACAAAUAUGUUGAGGAAAUAUCAAAAAAGGUGUUGGCCAACAAGUUUGAUUUAUUUUCUUUGAUUAAAUAAAAAGAAAGAUGCAUUAAGCUUAUUGAAGAAACGACUAGAAUACAUUCUUCUAUGCUGCUGUCUGCAAAAACAACUCUUGAAAGGGAUGAAAAUAAUUAUUUUAAAAUGGACAAAAUAACUUAAAGAGCAAUUUUAAGUAUCAAAGAGUAUGUUUAUUUAUUUGAAAAUUUAAUCAGCUUUAUUGACUAAAGGAUAAAACUUUAAAAGUAUAUUCAAUCUACUUAAAACGAAUUCAACACUAAGAAUCAAAUUCUAACUAAAAAGCUAGCUCAAAAUGUUUUAGAUUAAAUGUCACAUUAUGAGCAAAUAUGGAAAAACAUAUUAUAAGAUUUUGAACAUGAUUUUUAAUAUAUCUAAAGCCUCUCUUUAUUUAAUGUUAUUUAGUUAUAAGAGUCUCUCUCAAGUGAAAUAUUAUCAAUAACUCAUACGCCUGUUAAUUAAUUUUAAAAUAUACUAAAUGAAUUUAUAGAUUCAGCAAGAAAUUUUCUAUUUAGAGUAAGCUCUUUGAUGCUUUCUUAUUUUUUAACAAAACCUUUUCUCAGUCGUGUAAAAGAAAAUAAACAGCAAUUAAAUGAGGAAAAAAAAUAAAUGAUUAAUGAUGUGAGAUAAAAUUAUUUUAGAAUGGUAAACUCUUUAGAGUUAUAUUUUUAUGAAAAAUUAUCUUUGAAAUCAAGUUAAGAAGUAUAUUAAAAAGAAGUUGUUGAUUUUGGUCUACCUAGUCUUUACUUAUUAAUGGAAGUAGCUAAUUUAACUGGGCUGAAAGGAUAAUAGAUACUUUAAAACAUAGCUAGUCUUUUGGUAGAUUUAAAAAGUAUUUAUAAAAAAUUUAAUUUUUGCUCGAGAUUUUAUAUUCUUCCUGCAGAUAAAUCUUUUUUUUAGUAAAUGCUUGUCUUUCUUGAAACGAUAGAAAGUUAAGCUAUAAUAUAAUUAAGUAAACAUUUUGCUUUGCUCAAAGCUGAGCUUAAUAUGCUUUAGCAUCCUGUUGAUUAUUCUAAGUCUUAUAAGUUUAAAUAAUAAUAAACUUCUAUCUAAAAUUUAAUUUUUAUAUCUAACAAAAUUGAAGAAAACUAAAAGCUAAGGCCUAAAAUAUUUACUUCUUGUACUCCUGAAAGUUUGUUAGCGAAAAGUCAGGAGUUUGUAGAAUAAUUUGAAAAGGAAAUAAAUAUGUUGAUACAAGCUGCAUAACCUUAUGAAGAUGAAAUAAUUAAGGAGCAGUAAGAAAGAGAUGUCUCUACACUAAGCAAUUUCAUUGAGGGUAUUACAUUUGUUAAACCUAGCUAUGAAAUAUUUUUGCAUUUCUUUAGAGAGAUUAAAUAAUAUUCCAUAACUGAUAUUUUUGAAAAGCUUAAAGCAAAUAAAAUUGAUAUCAUUCAAAAUCAUAACUUAUUAUUUGAAAAUUUUAUGUUUUAUUACCUCAAAAAGAAUAUAGAUUUUUAAUAGAUUAAUAAAUUAGAAUGGGAAAUUAAAUAAUUUAUAUCAUAAAUAUUACAAAAUAGUUUUGAAAAUAACAACAAUUUUAUUAAUGCAUACCAAAAUGCAAAAAAAUUGAACACAUAAAUUAGCUUAAUAUAGGAUUAAUUUAAAUAACAAAAUUAUGCUUUUACUCCUUUAAUAAAUGUCUUCGAAUAGACUCAAGGACUAGUUGAAAAGUAUGAAUUAAUGAUUAUGAUGUUUAACAUAUCGGAAAACAUUUGUAAAAAUGAUUCAAAAUAAUCGGUAAUGCCUAAUUUUUAAGAUUUUAAAGAUCUAAUUAAUUUUGUUAGCAACUACUCUCAAGAUUUAAAUAUUGAUGAAUUCAAUUUAUUAUUUAAGCCUAUUUCUGAUAAAAUCAAUUUAGGAUUAUCUUAGAUUUAAUAAUUAGAUAAAUUCUUAAGCAUUCCUUGUCCUGAAAACUAAUAAGUAAAUUUAUUUAUAUAAACCAUUUAAAAAAUGUGCAAUAAAAUAAUAGAUUAAUAAUAAAUUAUAGUAAAUAAUUCAAAUUAAUCUCAAAGAGCUAAUUUAAUUAAUUUCAUAGGUGAAUAUCUUGCUUUUAAAAGGGAAAAAAUAGUUUUGUUACAAUAAAAAUCAUAAACAGUUUAUAUUUUUGAUUAUUCAUAAUUUCAAGCUCAAACUAUUAGUCUUGAAAAUUAAAACAAUAAUAAAAUUAAUCAAUAAGAUCUGAAUAAAAUUAGCCAUAGCGUCUAAUACAAUAAUUUAGCUCUUCUUUAAAAAAUUGAUAACUAAUUUAUCAAAAAAGAUAAUAAAAUAACACUAAAGCCUCUUCAAAAAAAGCCUUUGAUUUCAUCUGAUUUAUAAAAUACAACUGAAAAAAAUACUUAUUAAAAAAAUAAUGUAAAUUAAAACAUGUUAUAGCUAAAUAUUAAUAGUAUAACUCUCUAAUAACCCAAAAAAAGCCAAUAACUAUAAAGUAUUAAUACCUCUUUAACAUACUCUAAAAAUGAUGGAAUCUAAAAUAUUGAAACAAAGCAAAAAGAUUAAACUGCUCUAUAAAUUCAAAAGACAAGUUAAUAAAAUUAAUAAAUAAGUAUGCAAGCUAUUUUAUAAUAGAUAAAAUAAUAUGUGAUAAAUUAAUUUGGUAUUAUAAAAACAUAACCAACAAAUUUAGAGUUAGUUAAAGAGACUUUAACCAAAUAAAUAUAACAAAUAAAAAUUAUCGAUAAAAAAAUAAAAAGCAUAAAUACAGAAAUUUCUGAAAUCUAUUCUCCAAACAAACUGAAAAAUCUUAAACAAGAAAGAGUACUACGAUUUUAGACUAAAAAAUAAUCUAUUUUCAUUUAUUUUGACUCUCCCUUUUAGAGCUAUGAUUUAACUAUUUUUGAUGAGCAAAAUUAAAAGCUAAUCUGCAAGGUUUAAGAUUUCCAAAGCGGUCUUUAAGAAGCUGAAAUUUACUUAGAUUAAUUAUGUAAUUAAAUUUCUAUUUUAUUUUACAAGACUUAGCUGAGUGACUAAUUUGAUAGAAUUCAUUUUAAAUUACAAGCAGUAGCAUAUAGCUUUUUACCAAACUUUUUAGACAUAUCUCUUGUCCCACUAAAUUUUAAACAACAUGAAUUUAUAAAUGUCUUCUUUGUAAGUAGAAAGCCAGAAAUGCUAGAACAAAUUUUAUAAAAAGACUCAAUUGAACUUAUAAAAUUUAGAGAUUUAUAAUCUCAGUAAGAUAUUUGUUUUAGUUAAUCUAAGUUAUCUAAAGAAAACAUAUGUUACCAUUUACCUCAUGAUAUUUAAGAUAAACAAAUCUUACUAUAUAUUAACGCACUUAACUAAUUAUCUUAAGAAAUUCUUAAUCAGCUAGGAAUUGAAAUUUACAUUUAUAUGAGAAAGGAAUUUAUGAAAGCAGGUAAAUCAGUUACAAAAAUAGAAAUCUCUUAGUGCAACUUUGAAAAUCUAAAAUAAAAAAACAUCUAAUUGAAUAAAAAUAAUUACUUCGAGUGGGAAAUUGCUGAAUACGAAAACACAUCUUCAUCAAUAAAAGUUUUAAAUAAAAUCUAGUUACAAUAAUGA